GGUUCAUGGCGAUGAGGAUGUCCCCGACGUCGGUCUGGCGGGGAGGGGAGAGCCCGUCAGCCGAGCGCCCGCCGCCGCCCCCCCGCCGCCCCGGCCCCCGGCACUCACGUAGACCUCCAGCCGCAGGAACCGCUCCCGCAGCCCCUCCAGCAGCGACGCCUCAUCCAGCUCCGCCAGCGCCGCCAGGUCCCCCCCGCCCGCCCCCGGCGCCGGGCAACGCUCCCCCGGCGACCCCAUGCCGAGCCGCCCCUCCUCGGACACGGCACCGCCGGCCCCGUUCCCUCUCCCGCUCCGCCCCGGGACCGCCCGCCGGGGCGGAGCCAGCGUUUGAACGCGGGGCGGCGGCGGGGACCGGCAGGAUUGAUUACCUUUCUAUAUACCAGCCCGAGGCUGCCAUGAGUGAUUUGUCCCUGUUAUUUAUGGCUGGAGCAAACACUGUGGAAGAGCAGAGGGCUCGCUGGGAGAGAAAGCGCAGCCGGACAGCCAAGGAGCUGCUGGAAACCGAACACAGAUACCUUGAGCAGCUGGAUUUGGUGGUCACAUUCUUUGUGACUAUUUUAAAGGCCAAAGGGACGCUGAAACCAGCUGUGUUAGAAACCAUAUUUGGGCCCCUGGAAUCCAUAUAUUCAGCCAGCCAUGUUCUGUCACUUCACCUGGAGAGAGGGAGUUUGGAACCAGGAUUGGAAAGUUUCUGUCAGAAUCUGGAGCUUUAUGGCCGCUAUGCUGAGAAUUUGGAGCAGGCAAAUGAAACCUUGAAGGAACAACUGAGGAAAAAUAAGUCAUUCCAACGCUUCAAGAAACUUCAGGAGACUCGACCUCAGUUUCAAGGGAGGAAGCUAGAGGAUUUGCUUCCUUUGCCCCUGCAGAGGCUGCACCAGUACAAGCAUUUCAUCAGAGACCUGCAGGAGAAUACCAGCCCAGACAGUGCUGAGUACCAGAAACUUGCAAAGGCUGUAAAAUCUGUUUCUGAGGUAUCUCGGUGGGUCCAAGACAUCAUUCAUAAAAGAGAGAACUCAUUUCAGCUACUCCGGGUUCAGAAACUGCUCAAAGGAGAGAAGAUCCAGGUUUUGACUCCAGGGCGCUGGUAUAUCCGGGAAGGCUGGCUCUUGGUGGUGCCUUCAAAGGGAGAAGAACUGAAGCGCAGGAUGUUCUUCCUUUUUUCUGAUAUUUUUAUUGCAACGAAGCCCUGCCACCCACUGCACCCACUAAACUCGAACAAAUUGGCAUGCCAGGCAGUCUACCCACUUCACCAGUGCAUAGUGGAUAAAGUGUUCGGCCACACGCGGAGCCAGGGAGGGCUCCUCAGUCUUUCCUUUCCACACAAGACACUGUUGUUGAUGUCCAGUGACCAGCAAGAUAUUAAUGACUGGCAUCGGAGUCUCACAGCUGCAGUCAGGCAGCUGAAAGCUUGAUCCACAUGAGUACAAGACAUACUGGCAGGACAGUCUCCCCUCUCAGUAGAAGCCUACACAGUCUUAGGAAAUAUUCAAGGACAUGUAGUGGACGAAUUGCAUUUAGAGGGACUGUACACCAUGCUUGUGAGAUUAUAAAUGCUUUGUCAGGUGUCCUAAUCCUAAUACAGAUAUUGCAAAAAAAAUGUAUGCAAACGAAGGAUUUGUAUAUAGAAAAUCUGUAUCAGGAAUUU